UUUUAGCUUUUAAUAUUUGAACCUCUAUUCUCCCUCUACGGGUCUUUAAUCUUUGUCUUUUGCUUUACAAGUUCAAGUUAUUUAUUUCGUUUAAGCAUACUUUCUUGAUACUGUUUUUUUGUUAAAUUAUCUAAAAUACUGUAAAAUGUCUGUAUACGUUACUAAAUUAACGUCUUCUAGUAGCGACAGCGAAGAUUCAGCCGAUCGCAACCCACUAGAAGCAAAAAAAUCCAAAAUGGGUUCAAGAACUGACAUCAAAGAACCAACAUGGAAGCUCCAAAAAAAUAAACUAGUCAGAAUUCGGAAAUUUAAAGGAAAAGUAUUUGUAGACAUAAGAAAAUUUUAUGAAAGAGAUGGUCAAAUGUUUGCCGGCCUAAAGGGAAUUUCUAUUUCACAAGCCGUGUGGGCAAAAUUACUCGAAUUAGGAGAAGAUAUAAAUGAAACUCUAAAUUCAAUGUGCAUUUAAUCUGAAACUUUACCUGAAAAAUGUUAAAACUUAAAUUUUUAUAUAUAGGUAAUAUAUAACUUUUCUGUUAACAA